AAAGAAAAAAUAUUAUUGCCCUAGAUUCUUGGAUGACCACCAUGGCCCCAACUGAACCUGAAAAGCAGAUUUCGUUGAAGCUUAUGGUAAACAAAGAAAGGAACAAAGUAGUUUUUGCAGAGGCGGGGAAGGACUUUGUGGAUGUUCUCUUUAGCUUCUUCACAUUGCCUUUGGGAACUAUUGUAAGGCUUGUGCGUGAGGAAUCAAAUAUGCUGCCAAUUGAAGUUGGAUCACUUACCUCACUCUAUCAGAGUGCGGAAAAUCUAGACAAAGAGUUUCUUUGCACAGAUUCAUGCAAACAAAUCAUACUGCGACCCAAGAACUCAUUGGAACGUUAUUGCAUGAAUCUGAAGCUGAAGAUCGACGACACAGAGCCCGCAGAGUACUUCGUUUGUAACAACUUACUCAGCUGUCGAUUCCACGACCCUGUCUUAAUAAGCAUGUUCAAGAAUAGAAGAUGCAGAUGUGGGAAAAUGUUGGACAAACCCAUUUCUCCUAGUACAUCUUAUGACGGUUUUGUCAAGGACAGUGCUACUUUUAUUAUCACAGACGAUCUUACAGUUGAGCCAAACUCAUUGAAUGCAUUUUUUGAUAUGUUCAAAAAUUGUGGAAUAGAAAGCAUGUCUUCGGUGAAUGAAAUGAUGGUUACCAUAACCAAAACUCAGGUAAUGGAUCUGCUGAAGAGUUGUUUGAUCUCAACAGCAACUUUGACAAGUUUGUUCUUAGAAAAACCGUAUAUUGAGAAGUGUAGGAAAGUUGAAUUUCCUCCCUUUGAUGUUAAUGUAGAGGGGGGUAUGAAAAUCAACGUGACCAUAAUGCAGAGAAAAUCAAACGGGAAGAUAGUGUUUGCUCAAGGAAAAUAAGAUUUUGCAGACCUCCUUUUUGGUUUCCUGACAAUUUCUUUAGGAGGAGUGGGACAUUUGAUGGAGGGCUUUUCUUGUAUGUACCAGAGCAUUGUUAAUUUAGAUGAAAACUAUUGGACUACAAAAGAUGUAAAGAUAAGCUUGUUGAACCUGGUUUUGUCCCACAGUUUCUGCUAAGCAACCAGCUACUCCCACUCUACGAUGACUUCGAAUAUUUUUGUCUCACUCACAAAUAUGCCAACAACUAUAGUGCAUCGGAUCUAUAUCUUAGUGCCUAUAAUUUAACUAAUAUAUUUCAGCUAGAAAACAGUGAUUUUCGUUCAAUUACAGCUGUGGAUUUUGUUGAUACCAUAUUAACGAGAGGAAAUAGUAAAGGAUAUGUGAAAGGGCCAACAAUGUACAUGGCAACAGAUGAUUUGGUUGUGACGCCAAUGUCCACAACUUCUGUUAUAUCCUUACUAUCAACUCUCAGCAUUCCCUUCAGUGACUUGGAAGAGAAAGAGGUUACCAUUGGCAUCAAGGAGGGUGUUGGAAUACUACAGGCAUCAUUGACAUCAAAAUCAGUCCUAACAACUGCUCUCAGCCACCUGUUAACUGAAGUUAAGCAGGAGUAAUCAUU